AGUUUGUCCAAGAUCGCGAACGCGCGCGACAACGAAAACGCAGCGAAAUCGAUCGAAAGAACGAAUAACGCCGAAGAGACAACACGAAAAUCCGAUAGCCGAAAAACGAAUACGCGAAAAUAACCAAAAAUAAAUAAAUUAAAAAGAAAUAUAUAAAAAAAGUACCGUUAACCAGCCGAAUGUCCAACAUCGUGUCCUGCAACAACAAAAACAACAACACAAAAGCAACGGGAAAAUUUUUUGAUCUUGAGCUUCAAACAACGAGUAAAAAGUGCGGAUGACAAUUUGUAUAGCAUAUAUAGUGUGUAUAUAUAUAUAUAUGUGUGUAUCGAAAAGUGCAACCAGCAGCAAAGUGUCUUGGUUUAAACAGAACAACAGUUAACACGCGUGUGUUAUCUAAUCAUAAAGCACUGAGCAAAAUAAUAAUAAUAUAAGAAAAUUAAAAGAAAAACAAAUCAAAGCAUUGAAAAGUUAAGGAAAAACUAAAAUAACGUACGCUCGGUUCGUCGUUUGUCGGUACGGUUCGGUUCGGUACGGAUCGGUUCAGUCGGUUCUGCGUCUGCAAGUUACAAAAAAAAAACAGAAAUCUUAACUCAAAUUUUAAUUAUAAUUUUUGUAUUAUAUCUUUUUUUUUCUGUUGCCAAAUUACUUGAUCUUUUUUUUUGUUGUGUGUGCAAAAAUUGUCAAAUUGCAAAAAUAAUCUGUUUGUAAUAUUGCAAAAAAAAAAAAGAAAAAAAGCAGAAAAGGCAAAUCUUAACGAAAAAUGGUGAACAACUUGACGAAUGCUGCCGCCUUGGCUACGGCCACAGGAACCGUGCAGACACUGGACAGCAGGCAAACAAUUGCCGGAGACACAGAUGCCAACACCAACACCAACACCAGCAGCAGCAACAGCAGCAACAGCAACAGCAGCAACACAUAUCAUUAUCAAAGCAAAUUGCAACAACUUCUUAUCAUCGCUUUGCUCCUUUGCCUGUCCAGCUGUCUGCCGCUAACGGUACAAGCGCGACGCCAUGCGCCGCUCAUGUUCGAGGAGUCCGACACGGCCAGGCGCUCCAAUAGACCAGCGGUUACCGAAUGUCAAUUUGGCAAAGUUCUGCGAGAAUUGGGCUCCACUUGGUAUGCGGAUUUGGGACCUCCAUUCGGCGUCAUGUAUUGCAUCAAAUGCGAAUGUGUUGCGAUACCAAAAAAGCGUCGCAUUGUUGCACGAGUCCAGUGUCGGAAUAUUAAGAACGAAUGUCCGCCCGCUAAAUGCGAUGAUCCCAUAUCAUUGCCCGGCAAAUGCUGUAAGACCUGUCCCGGAGAUCGUAACGAUACGGAUGUAGCAUUGGAUGUGCCUGUGCCCAGCGAGGAAGAGGAGCGCAAUAUGAAACAUUACGCGGCGCUGCUAACGGGACGCACAUCGUAUUUCCUCAAGGGUGAGGAGAUGAAAUCCAUGUAUACCACAUACAAUCCACAAAAUGUCGUUGCCACCGCACGCUUUUUGUUCCACAAAAAGAAUCUGUAUUAUUCGUUCUACACAUCCGCCAAAAUCGGCCGUCCACGUGCCAUACAAUUUGUGGAUGAUGCCGGCGUUAUACUGGAGGAGCAUCAAUUGGAGACGACUCUCAGUGGCACACUGAGUGUGUAUCAGAAUGCCACGGGCAAAAUCUGUGGCGUGUGGCGACGUGUGCCACGGGAUUAUAAGCGUAUACUACGUGACGACCGUUUGCAUGUAGUGCUCAUUUGGGGCAACAAGCAUCAAAUGGAAUUGGCCUUGGCUGGCAAAAUAGCCAAAUAUACGGCACUGCAAACGGAAUUGUUCAGUUCGCUGUUGGAGGCACCAGCGAUGGCCAAUGGUAAACCGGAUCCACAGUUAGCCGGUGCCGGUGGUACGGCCAUUGUUUCUACCAGCAGCGGUGCGGCAAGUUCCAUGCACCUCACGCUACUCUUCAACGGUGUCUUUGGCGUGGAGGAAUUCGCGGAUGCCGCCUUGAGUGUGCGCAUCGAAUUGCCGGAGCGUAAGGAGCUGAUCUUUGAUGAGGUGCCGCGAGUGCGCAAACCGUCCGCUGAAAUCAAUAUACUCGAACUAAGCUCACCCAUUUCCAUACAAAAUUUGCGUUUGAUGUCGCGCGGCAAGCUGCUCAUCACUGUGGAGUCCAAGAAGUAUCCGCAAUUGCGCAUACAGGGUCACAUUGUGACCCGGGCCAGCUGUGAGAUCUUUCAGACAUUGUUGGCACCCACACAUGGCGGUGAAAUCAGCACUCGGAGCAGCGGUUUGGCUUGGGUUUAUCUGAAUACGGAUGGCAGCUUGGCGUACAACAUUGAGACGGAUCAUGUGAAUACGCGAGAUCGUCCCAAUAUCAGUCUGAUUGAGGAGCAGGGCAAGCGCAAGGCCAAGCUGGAGGAUCUGACACCCAGUUUCAAUUUCAAUCAGGCCAUUGGCAGUGUGGAGAAGUUGGGACCCAAGGUCUUGGAGUCACUCUAUGCCGGCGAAUUGGGCGUCAAUGUGGCCACGGAGCAUGAGGCAAGUUUGAUACGUGGCCGAUUGGUGCCACGUCCGGUGGCCGAUGCACGUGACUCCGCUGAACCGAUACUGUUGAAGCAACAUGGCGAGUCGAUAACUGGGGCCAUGGGCAUGGCCUGGAUGUCCAUUGAUAAUGAGUGCAAUCUGCAUUACGAGCUGACGCUGAGUGGCGUGGCAAGUCAGCAGUUGCAGCUGUAUUUGGAGGAGAAGCCCAUUGAGGCAAUUGGCGCGCCAGUGACACGCAAACUGCUCGAGGAAUUCAGCGGCAAUUAUAUUGAAGGAUUUGUGCUGGGCAUGCCCUCAGCGGAGCUAAUAAAGCUGGAGACAAGUGUGUGCUAUUUGGAGUUGCAUGCGAAGCACAAUCAACAAUCAGCGUCAUCCUCAAUCAUGCUGCGUGGCAAGCUGAAGAGCACCAAGGUGCCAGCACAUUGUUUCCCCAGCUAUACGGAUAAUAAUGUGCCGGUGCCGGGCGAUCAUAAUGAUAAUCAAAUGUUGAAUGGCGAAACGAAAUGCUUUCACUCCGGACGCUUCUACAAUGAGUCGGAGUCGUGGCGCAGUGCACAGGAUACGUGCCACAUGUGUGCCUGUCAGCGUGGUCAGGCCAUCUGUGAGCUGAUCAAGUGUCCGGCCCUCAAGUGUAAGGCUGCCACCGAGCAGCUGUUGCAACGCGACGGCGAAUGUUGCCCCAGUUGUGUGGCAAGACGUGAAACUGCUGCCGAUUGGCAUGCCACGGCUGCCACGGCUGCUGGUGGUGAUCAUGGCCACAACACUUCGCCCGCUCUGAAUGCCACCGAUUUGUUGCAACAACGACGCGGCUGCCGUUUGGGCGAUCAAUUCCAUGCGGCGGGCGCCAGUUGGCAUCCGUUCUUGCCACCGAAUGGCUUCGAUACUUGCACCACCUGCAGCUGUGACCUGCUGACGCUGGAGGUGCGCUGCCCCCGCAUGUCGUGCCCCCCCUUGCAGUGCAGCGAGAAGCUGGCCUAUCGACCCGACAAGAAGGCAUGUUGCAAGGUCUGUCCGGAGGGCAAGCAGAGCAAUCACGGCAGCAAGCAUCAGCCGAACAAUCCCAAUGUGUUGCACGAUCAGGCCAUGCAACGUACCGCCGCCCAUAAUGCCGAGGAGGUACUUGCCGCCGGCGGUUGCAAGGUCGUCAAUAAGAUCUACGAAAACGGACAGGAGUGGCAUCCCAUUCUAUUGUCACAUGGCGAACAGAAGUGCAUCAAAUGCCGUUGCAAGGACUCGAAAGUGAACUGCGAUCGCAAGCGCUGCUCGAGAUCCACGUGCCAACAGACGCGUGUGUCGAACAAGCGACGUCUGUUUGACAAGCCCGGCAGUGAGUCGAAUGCGCAGCCGAUCGACGAAUGCUGCUCGACACAAUGCCGACGGUCGAGGCGACACCACAAGAGGCAGCCACAUCAUCAGCAACGUGCCACAAGCAGCUGAGCGAGCAACGAGUGGCAAGCAAUAUAAGAGAGGCAUCAACAGUUUGAGCACGUUGUGUGUGAGAGCGAGAAUUUUAGAGAAAAAGAGGAAGAGAGUGGGAGAUAAAAAGAGAAACUUGUAUUAUAUAAAACUGCAAACACACAGAGAGCGAGAAAAAGAACGAGAGAGUAUACGAAAGAGAACGAAGCGUUUCUUAAAAGAGAGAGA